GUAAGUUGAAGGCAUGUUGUUGAUUUGAUAGUAACUAGGUUAUGCAGUUGAGGAAUACUAUUUAUAAAUUGAACAAUGAUUAUUUUUGUAUACCUGUCAUCUAAUGCUAACCGACUGAAUUAUUACAGUUAUAUGAUUGCUUCACUUGCUACAUUCCUUGCAAAGGAAAGUUUGCAUUGAAUAGCUAAAUCUUCGUAGAAAUUUCUAAUAUAAAUCUUGUCUGCUUGAGAAGUGAAAUUUAUAAGUAUUGUUAUUAUCAUCCUUGUAAUCCAUUUUUAGUAUCCAUUACUGUAAUAGAAACUGGAUUCAUCUACUUAUGCAAAUGUCCUAUGACCCCAUGGUUUGAUAAAAAUGCUGAAGUAAACUGAUUGAAUUUCUUGAUUUGUUCCAAGAAGACAAUAUAAGUACCAGUCCACAAACACAACAAAACUGAAGACUAGCAUCUACAUUUACUACACAUAUCGUUUUGCAUCUGCUGUGGUUAUGGCGCCCAAGCAUACAACGAAGCGAGUAGCAGCUGAAAAAAUGGCCGAUGUUGAGCGAGAUAUUUCCGUGAAAAAGAAUCGGCUAGUAUUGGCCACUGCUUCUAAAGCAAUAUCUGAAUCAGAGAGUGAUGCUGAAAUAAUCAAAGAGAAGAGUGGUUCCAAGCGACGGAGAGCGACAGCCGCUCGCAAUACAAAUGUGACAGAGAAAUCUGACAAAAAAUCAAAGCAAAGCCAAGAAAAGAAAAAAAAUGAAAAAUUGAAGAAAGAAGAAGUUGAAUUAGAGGAUUCUGGAGCAAAUACAAGUCGUGAUGAAUUGUCACUCUUGGAACAGUCUCCGGAACUUUAUGUUCCUCGCGUCAGAAAACCAGUCGAUCAUUUGGAUGCGGGAAUGCUGAGACUAGGAGGAAGGCACAGAUACGAUGUUCAAAUCGUCAAAGGCGAGGGCAUAGAACUGAAACAUAUUCCCAGCAUCAGUUUCGAGUUGGAGAAUAGUAGCUUGGAGGACUUGAAGACACUCCAUCGCAUAAUGUAUAGUCGAAUUGGAAUCGUUGAGCGCGUGAAGGACAACGUUCUGAACUUUAGCGGAUUCACCUUCGACAAAGAUGCAAAACUGUUACGCAAGGUUCGCACUGAUCUCAGUAAGCUCACAUUCAUCAAACUGAAAUGUCUGUCACAGGUGCUUUGCUUGCCAAAAAAAGGAAAAUCGGCUGACUAUAUAGAGCGUAUUCUUCAGUUUCUUCUGAAACCAGUUGAUACAGGAAUUGCUGCGAGAGAGUCGAGACCUAAGCGCCAUGGUGCUUAUACCAAAUCAUACAAGGAAGCUGCCAGUAUUUCUAAGGAGGGAGGCUUCACUCGUUCCAAGAAGAAAAGUGGCUAUGUAGUCAAAGGUCCAUGUAAUCCUGAAGAAGGCUUUGCCGAUAAAGGAGACAAAAACGGAACAGCUAAAGAGGUAAAGAAAGCUAAGACAGAAGUAGAGGAGCAGGGGGAAAUCGAAAAUGAACUUAAUAAAGCUCAGGCCGAAACCUUGAAAGAAAAUUCAAUAGCUAAGCAGUCCAAAAAGCAGACAAUAGUUGCAGGAAUUGAAACGCCUCUCGUUUCAGUUCCAGCUAAAGAAAACAUCGGGAGAAAGCAGAACAUCCCCAAAAAUGCUGAGAAAAUUUUGCUCAAAGCUGCUGUAUUAGCCGAAAAAGAGGAGGAGGAAAAGGAAAUCAAACUCCAUUUUAGUAAUGAGGAAAUGAACAUGAAGGCUAAAGAAGUGGAGGGAAACGUCGUAGAGAAGGAAGAAGAAGAUAAACAGCAAGACCGUCGUUUUCCAACGGAUGACGAAAUUAAAGCAUGUAUCAAAUCGAUUCUUGAUGUGGCUAAUAUUGAAGAGAUCACAAUGAAAACACUUUGUCAACAAGUCUUCAACCAUUACCCAGGCCAUGAUCUCAGUAUGAAGAAAGACUUCAUGAUAGACACGGUGAUAUCGCUAAUUUUAUAAUGACGAGGAGAAUGAGGAAUACUCUGAUUAAGGAUUUAAGAAAACUACAUUUUUGUUAUAAAUAUUUUUUAAUAGGGUUCACGUUUAUUGUUGUUAUUCACGUUCAUGGCUUGUUAAAAAAGUCAAUGAAGAAACACAACUCAUCUCUGAUGUGAGGUCUAUCUAUUAUACUUAAAUCAAAAUACAGUUUUAUUCGGAAUAUCUAUAUAAUGUUGUUCUUCUUGAGUGUGCUUUUUUCAUUUUAUUAAGAAUUUAUUUCGUGUUUAUCCACCAACAAAACUCGAUUUUGAGUUUGAACAACUUCCUUUUACUUUUACAUAAGUUUUAAGAUGAAAAUAAAAUAGCCGCUAU